AUGGCAGGAAUGAAUGGUAUUCAACCGUCAUCGGACGCCUUUAUUGGACCACAGUUUACAAAUGAACAUCAGCUCAUGCUAUUGAAUAGUGAAGAACUUCGAACAAAAAAUCGUGAGCAAUUAAUUGAAAAACUUGAACGAGUCAUUCAAGAAAAAAAUGCGUCCAUUACCAAACUUGAAGAACGUGAACUAUGCUUAGAGGAUACACUUAAGAAAAGAAAUAUAGAAUUUCGUGCACUCGAAGAACAAUUGCGACAAUUCGAAGAGAAGACACGAACCUUUGAACAAUUACAUCAGUUACAAGUACAUACUUUUGAAAAAACAAUACGCGAUUGUCAAAUCGAAAAUGAACGUUUGUGUGAACAUGUAAAUGAUCUAACAAAACAAUUACGAGAACAGUCAAAUUAUGAAGUCAUUAAUAAAGAAAAAAUUCUGACAUUCGAUCGUAUUGCUGCUGAUACUCAACUUUGGCGACAAAAACUUGAUUCCUAUAAAGCAACUAUUGAAGAGCGAGAUGAAACUAUUGCUAAUCUCAAGAAAGAAAUCAACGGUGUACAUAAGCAAAAACAAACUAAUACAGAGUUCGAAGAUAAUUCACAGCGAUUACAAAUAGCUACGCUUCAAACAGCUUUAGGUGAUCGUGAUAAUGAAAUCGAACAUUUAAAAGUAACUCUCCUACACGUACGAGAUAAAUUAGCAACAGCAACCGGUUUAUCUAAUGAUAAUCGUUGGCGAAGUAGUGAAGAUAUUGGACGAAGUUCACCGAUCGGAAAAUCGUCACCAUCAAAAACGCGUUGUACAUCUCCUCCAGUUCGUGAUUAUUCUUCAUCGUCUGCAUUAGAUACUGAAUAUUUGAAAACUAAAAUUCGUACAUUAACAGAUCGUUUAGCUAAUGUUCAGCAAUUACUUGUUCAACGUGACGAACAGAUAACUACAUUGAAAAAAGUCCAUGAUAAACGUUGGCUACGUUUAAAACAUUUACAAAAACAAUAUCGUUCACUCAAAGAUGAAUUACAAUCUUAUAUCGAUGACGAAUCAUGUCAAAAGAAAAACAAUAAUGAUUAUUUUUAUGGUAAAGUUAUACGAAAGAAUAAAAUCGGUUGUACUGUAUGUGAUAAUGAACGACGAAGAAGACAAAUAGGAACAAGUAAAAGAAUAUUUAAAAAUGAAGAUGAUGAUGGUGUGUGGAAUGAAGUAACAAAAUUGCGACGUGACAAUGCCAGAUUAAUUAACGAGAAUUUAAGUUUAAAUGAAAAACUUGAUUUACAAGAAGUCGAAAUUAAUGAACAAACAAUUGUUAUUAAUGAACUUCGUAAUGAAAUUCAAUUAUUAAAUGAUAAAGAUGAGCGAUCUCCAUUGAAAAUUCCAUUACCAUUACCAAAUAGAUCCAACGAUAAUGAACAACGUGUAGUUGAAGGAUAUAAUAAAAAAUUAUACGAACUUGAAAAUGAACGAACAUGUUUAGUGUUUGAACAUGAACGUUUAAAAACUAAUCUUGAUUUAUGUGUUGACGAAAAACAACAUCUAAUGCAACAACGAACACAAGCUGCAAAUGAGAUAAAAAAAUUAAAACUUCGUAUACUUUCGUUACAAGAUCAAGUACAUAAAUUAAAACGAAAUAAUCAACCAGCCAAUAAAAAAAAUGUUAUUACUUCAUCGUCUACUCUAAAAAGACGACUAGUUAAAAAGAAACCAAAAGCGUCUUGUUUAGAAGUGCUACUGGAUCAAAAUCAAAGUUCAACAUUUAUUGAUGAUCUUCAUAAUGAAUCAUCAAUACUUUAUCGAAUGUCACCAUUAAAAUCAGAUUUAUAUGAUAGAAACCGAUGGCAACGACAACGUCAGCGAACAUGUAGUCUAUGUGAUUAUCAUACUCAAUCUUCAUUAUUGAAACGUAAAAGACGACCAUCAAUGACAUCAACAAUAUCAAAAAGAAAAAAUAUCCCAUCAAAGAAAAAUCAUACUAAUAAAAGUCGUUUAGUAACUUCUUUUCAUAAUGAUUCUUAUUCACAUCGUGUUAAAAAACCUUCAAUACCUUCAACAGCAUAUAAAAAUCCAACUAGAAUUGGCACAAUGCGUAGACGUAUUGAACAAUUAGAAAUGAUGCUUGCUGAUUCGAAAGAAGACAAUCGACAACUUCAUCAACGCUUAUCAACUACACUUAGUCGAAUUAAUAUUCUUAAAACAACUAAUCAAAGACUAAUGGAUGAAUGCGAUAAAUUUAAAAAUAACCGUCCCAUUCAAUCUACUUUACCCGAACCAGAAAUCCGACGUAAUGAUUCUCUAAUUUCUGACGGUGGUGAAAAUGUAGAUAAUUUAUAUUCACGUCUUAAAAAUACUUCAUUCGAUGCUUCUCGACAACGAAAAUUAAAUAAAACUUUACAAACAGAUAAUGAAAAUUUAACGAAAAAUCUUCAAUCUCUAACUGAAAAAUUAACACAUACAGAACGCGACGUAGCAAGCAAAAGAGUUUUAAUUGAAAAUUACAAAUCUCGACUGAGUGAAUUGGAAACAAGUCUUAAUCGUUCAAAUGACAAACUUACAACCGACAAUGACGAAGAAAGACUCAAAUCAUUAACAGACACGAUGGAAAAAUUACGAGUUUCACUCGAUUCAUAUAAAAAUCGUUUACAAGUUGUAACACGAGAAAAACAAACUCUUGAAACACGUUAUGGUCAAUUGGUUGAAGAACAUGAGAAAUUAAAAAUACGUCUUGAAGAUAUUCAAACUAAGCAUCGUUCAACUGAACAACAACUUCGACAAUGUCGUCUUAAUCAGGAACAAUUAAAUCAAGAAUUGUUAGCAUCUCAUCGUUUAUCUGAACAACAAUUAUUAUCAUUAAAUACGAAAAAUCAAGACUCGUUAAGCAAAAUUACAUUCGAAUUAAAUCGUACACAACGACGUCUAAACGAAUAUGAAAGAUUUACUAAUGGUCUUCUUCAUGAAAUGGUUCGACGAAGUAUACAAAUCCAUGAUACUCUGAAACGAGCGCAUGAACAUCAAAGACAACGUGAAUCAUUUUCAAUGGCAUUACCAGGCUAUGAUACAGCGAUGAGUACCGCCAGCAAAAUAUUAAAUUUAACACAAGAUGAUUUAGAUGAUAUUAUGUCUACAACUGACGAAAGUUUUCAAGCACAUUCAAAGAAUGAUAACAUGGAUAAAAAUGAAAAAAUACGACAAAAAGUAUCGAAACUACUUGCUUCACAAGAAGAGUUUUCUGGCAAGCUUUUGAAAAUAUUUAGUAAAAAAUUAGAUGAAAUACAAGCAGCAGAUCGAGAUUUAGCAACAAUGCGAAAUAUAUAA